UUUGGAGAAGACUGCAAACAUCAGAGCGCAUGCGACAAAAGCAAUUCGAAGUCCCUUAACCGCGUCAAUGGCCAGUGUAGCUGCUACGCCAACUGGACAUCAUCCCUUUGCAUGUACGAUGUGAACGAGUGCUCUGUUGACAACAUCUGCAACGAUACCAAUUCUUACUGUGAGAAUACAAGGGGCUCUUUCCAAUGUUACUGCGAAUCGGGCUACGAAACACUUGAUAAUGCAAGAUGUACCAGUGGUGAGCAAUACAUUUUAACAUUUUUAUCAAUAGUUAGUGGUAAUUAA